AUGGAUAUUGAAAAGCUUAUAACAUCACCCUUGGGAUUGAUAGGGAUGGCAUCGUUUAAUGGUGGAGCAGGUGCAUCAGAAGGAGGAGGAGGAGGAGGAUUCCUACCAAUCCUUUAUAUGGGAAUAGGAUUAGUAAUGAUGUCUUGGGGAAUGAAUCUAGUUAGAGAAUGUGUAUCUGCAUUGUUGGUAUGGUUAGGUAGUAGAUUCUAUUAUACCGCUAAAAUAUCGAAUCCCGACCCAUCGUUUGUUUGGUUGUUGGAAUGGUUGUCCAUCCAAUCGGGUUUUGGCACAAGAAGCGUGUCUGUCAUGACUAGAUCAACCGCCGAAAAGUCACGUCCAUCAUUCACCCUCUUGCCAACUGGCACCCAAUGGAUUCUCUACCAAGGACACAUUGUUCACAUCAUUCGUCAAGCAUCGGCCAAAACAUCUCGUGAAGGUGUCGCUCGUGAUUGCAUCGAUAUCACCAUUGUAUUUGGUAACAAAAAUACUCUACAUAGUUUAAUUCAAGAUGCAAUGAAUUAUUCUGUUACUUUAAAUAAAGAUAAAACAAAAAUAUUUACAUUAGAACCACAUGGAUUAUAUUGGGAAUGUAUUACGGUUCAACCAAAGAGAGUGUUAGAUUCAGUUAUAUUGGACCCAAGUGUUAGAAAUCAUAUUAUGGGUGAUGUGGGUAAUUUCGUCAGCGGAAAGGAUUGGUAUGUCAAUACUGGUGUACCAUACCGCCGCGGCUACUUGUUCUACGGCCCACCUGGUACGGGCAAGACGUCGUUUAUUCUAUCGAUCGCCGGUAAAUUUGGGUACUCCAUCUCGAUUAUGAACAUGAGCAAGGGUAUCCACGACGGCAACAUCCACUCGAUCGUGCAAAAGACGCCAGCCGACACGGUACUGGUGCUCGAAGACAUUGACGCGGCGUUUGUCAAGCGUCAGGGUAUGAAGAAUGACGUGCUGACCUUUUCAGGCCUGCUCAAUGCAUUGGACGGCUUGGCGUCAUCCGACGGUCGCAUAUUGAUCAUGACCACCAACCACAUUGAACGUCUGUCACCCGCUUUGAUCCGACCAGGCCGUAUCGACGUCAAGGUCAAGUUUGAUUACGCCACCACCUACCAAGUCACGCAAAUGUUUAAUCGUUUCUUUGGUGCCGACCUCACAUGGAUGGUUGCACCCAUCAUCAAGGCAAUCGGCUCGCAAAAGGUGAGCACUGCUCAGCUCCAAGGAUGGUUCAUCAUCAAUCGUGACGAUCCCGAAUUAAUCCUUAAAAACAUCGACGAGUUCCUUUCCCAAUGCUCCAAAGAACAAAAUACUUCAAGUUAUAAUGAUGAUGAACCAGAAAAAGAAAAAACAACAACAAUAACAAAUGUCCCCAACAACAACAACUCUACAGCAACAAAGGAAACAGGAGUUUCAAAGGAAAAUCAAAAUUUGGUAAAGAUGAAUGGCAAUGGAGCUACUGCUCCUCCACCAGCUUCAAAGAUAUUAGAUGAAGAAGUACCCAUAGAUAGCCAGGAUGAGGAGGAGGAGGAGGAAUUAGAUCAAGAGGACAAAGAUGGUCUUGAAAACCAUCAUUUGUUGCAAGAUUCAAUCUCAACUCGACAAAGACGUGUUACUGUUGUUCGCUGA